AUGAACGUCGACCCAACGAAACAACCAGACCAAUCAGGGCAGGUGGAGGAUAGUACAGUAUACUCGGGAUACGUCUCUCCAGCACAGGGAGAAACCCCUUUUCCUCAAACAGCAGCCGCCCCAUUCACCGCGUUUCCGACAUUUUCCCCAUAUGUCCCACAAUCAGUGUCGUUUCCUACACAAGCGCCCCCACAAUUUCCUACAACAACAUUUAAUGACCAGGUAUACACCCCUUUACAUCGAAGGAAGAAAAAAUUCCAAAACAUCGAUUACCACACACUCCUUUCAGAAGACGACUUGCAAAGUAUGACAAUAGAGGAAUUCGAGGACUAUGUCACGGAACUUAAAGAUAGAAGGACAGUCACUAAAUUGGAAAAAGCAACACUCAACAAGAUUAAAAGAAAACUCAAGAACAAAGAAAGCGCGAGGAAAAGUCGACAAAAGAGUAAAGAAGCCUUUGUUGGGCUCCAACAACAACUCGAGGAAUUAAGGAAACAGUACGACGACGUGUUAAGAAUCAAUUGUCAGCUGAUAGAAAUAGCAGACGGGUGCGAGAGGUGCCAUCAAAGAAUUCGUCAGGUCCAACAACCCGUCACACAACAAUCUCAACAACAACAAACUCAACAAAACACAGAACAAAGCGCACAAACCCAACACCAAUGCCAAUCAACACCUCUAUUCCCGUCAGUUUAG